CCUAGAACUAGACCAAAACUGCCAAUUUGACUUCAUAGCAGUCUAUGACGGCCUCACCACUAACACUGGCUUAAUAGGAAAAGUGUGUGGUCGUUCUCAGCCCAAAUUUGAAUCCUCUUCAAACGUCAUGACGGUUGUGUUGUCUACAGACUAUGCCAACUCCUACAGAGGAUUUUCUGCUCAGUACAUCAGUGCUCCGCUGCCGGGUCCCGUGGAGCCCGACACACUCCUUACGUGCUCUUCAGACAGCAUGAAAAUUGUUCUGAGCAAGCACUACCUGGCCUCCCUUGGCUAUAAUGAAACUCAGCUACAGCUGAAUGAUCCAGCUUGCAGCCCAGUUACAGCAGAUUCGGUGAUCUUCUCCUUCCCACUAGCCAGCUGUGGAACGAUUAAAAAGGACGAAGGUCAGAGCAUCACUUACACCAACAUCAUCUCUCUCUCUGCAACCGGGAACAUCAUCACCCGUCAAAAGAGCGUACAGAUCAUUGCGAAAUGCAAAAUGGAAAACAAUUCAACCUUGGAAGUCAUCUACGUAACCAAAAAUAACGUCAUCCAGAACACAACCGCCGUGGGACGAUACAACGUCAGCAUGUCAUUCUACGAUUCAGAGUCCUUCUCCAAGCCUGUACGUCAGUCCCCGUAUUACGUAGACUUGAACCAAACUCUUUUUGCUCAAGUCAGCCUUCAUUCCACUGACCCAAACCUCCUGGUGUUUGUCGACAGCUGCACAGCAUCUCCACAGGCUGACUUUGGAUCGCUAACGUACGACUUAAUCAGAAGCGG